AUGAAGUUCUUUCCCCGCGAAGGCCCGCUACCUGUCGCGCCUAAAAAACAGUCCAGCGUUUCUUCUCUGGGCCUAAUCAACAACACAGUGGCCUUUUUCCGAUUCAUCUUCUACCGUCCUAUGCGACCAAUUACGAUCAAAAAGGGAUGGAGACCGAUCGUGUUCCCAUCUCUGGCCAUUAUCGUCAUAGGGGUCUUGGCUCUGCUACUCGGCAUUCUCUACUGCACUGUUCCACAGCCGCUAUUCUGGGACAGCAUAUCCUACGGCUCACCUCCUCUGGCUAUUCGCUCGGGAAUGAUGGCAGUAGCUUUGAUGCCAUGGAUCGUCGCGCUUGCAACCAAGGCAAACCUCAUCUCUAUGGUGACAGGUAUUAGCCAUGAGCGGUUGAACGUGCUGCACAGAUAUGCGGCAUACAUUUGCCUAGUGCUGAGCAUUCUGCAUACCGUCCCUUUCUAUGUCACUCCAGUUUGGGAAAAGGGCGCACAUAGGGCUUUCCAGCAACUGUUCAAGCAACAGGGCGGCAUGUACAUCUACGGUACCGGUAUUGCAGCAUUAGUUCCCCUAUGCUUCCUCUGCGUGCAUUCCAUUGCACCUCUCCGUCACCGGAUGUACGAACUCUUCGUAGCCGUACACGUGCCUGUCGCCAUCGUCUUCCUCGGGAUGAUGUUUUGGCACUGCAACAACUACCUGACAUCAUGGAACUACCUUCUAGCUACGGUCGGCAUCUGGCUCGUCUCGUACUUUAUGCGACUCUUCUAUCUCAACUGGACCCGCCCAAAUCAACUCUCGUGGCUCAUCGGCGACGAAGCUGCCGUAACACUCAUGCCAGAGAACGCUAUCAAGAUCACCAUCCCAACGCGGAUGCGGUGGAGACCUGGACAGUACGUCUACCUACGUAUGCCAGGUAUCUCAGUAUUCGAGAACCACCCCUUCACCAUUGCUUCGUUAUGUAGCGAAGACUUCCCCUCGGAGUAUGGCGAGGGCUACCGAGACAUGGUGCUGGUCUUCCGACCUUUCGGAGGCUUCACCAGAAAGGUCCUCAACACUGCGCUCGACCAUGGCCCGUGGCACACAUACCGUGCUUUUGUCGAUGGACCUUACGGGGGCAUGCAGCGACGUAUCGAAGCCUUCGAUGACGUCGUUUUGAUCGCUGGUGGCAGCGGUAUCACUGCCAUUGUCUCGCAACUGCUCUCACUAAUCAAAAAGAUGCGCGAUGGCAAAGCCGUCACACGAAAGAUCCACGUGAUCUGGGCCCUGAAGCGUCCUGAGACCAUGGAGUGGUUCAAGGAGGAGCUCCGCAUCUGUCGUGAAUACGCACCACCCGAGACAGUAGAGUGCCAAUUCUACAUUACUGCUGCCAAACGUAACAUGGGCGGCGGUGUGGUUAGCGCAAAGACACCGACUCGUCCAGUGUCACUCUACUUUCAUGACAAAGUAAAUGACGCUUUCCAGAAUAUUGCUGAACACCGCCUAUCUGGCGUCUCAUCAAAACGGCACUCUGCUCUCAUCCGCGACGAAGCACAAGGUGACCCAGAGAAGGAGUCUGAGCUUCGUCGUGAGAACGAAGACCACGUCGCAGCGCUCCCACAGGCGCACAUGGUCCCCGUCAACAGGGGCCAUCUCGCACCACCACGUGCCAGCUACAACAGUGGGCGCGAAUCGGCCGAGUCAGCGCACAGCGCGAACCCCGAUCUUAUCUCGCCGGCCCCACGCGGGCUUGCCGCCCGCCGCCAAGAGCGAAACCUCCAGCUGGAUAUCUCACAGGCUGUGUCGGCCGGCUCUGGCGCCGUCAAUCCAGAGGUAGUCCACAACCCAACUGAGGGUGCCUUCGACUUUGGCUUCCCAUCCACACCUACCGAGUUCCAGAAGAACCUCAUGCGCUUUGCGUUUUUACCUGCAGCCGUCAAGAAGAAGAAUGGCUGGAGCACUGAGUACGGACGACCGGAUAUCCCAUUCAUACUCAAGGGGUUGAGUAAGAACUUUGGACGGCGAACAUGUGUGUUUGUUUGUGGACCACCCACAAUGCGUAUCAGUGUUAGUGAGACGAUCGCACAACUACAAAGCAGUGUGUGGAGUGACAGUGGGCGCGAUGAGAUCUUCCUCCACGCCGAGAACUACGCUUUAUAG